AUGGCGUUGACUGUAAAGCAGCUCAACGCGGAUGCUUCAUUCCUCCUCACCUUUGAGCCCAUUGUGCCCGAGUCACUUCCCGGCAUUGCUCCAAGGCCGUUUAGAAUUUUGAUGGAUCCAUGGAUCACGGGGCCUUCCACCAUAUUUCAUUCGAUUCUCUCAACCGCAACACACAAGGAGUGCCCAUGCGUGUGUUCCUUACAGCACCUCCCCGAGCCCGACCUCGUCAUCAUCAGCCAGCACAAGAGCGACCAUUGUAAUGAGGCAACGCUUCGCCAGCUCCCCGCCAGCGGCACGAGGACGCUGAUAUUGGCGGAGCCGGCGGCGGCCAAGGUGAUUCGAAGCUGGAAGUAUUUCGACAAGGAUAAGGUCUUUACGAUCCCGCGGUGGGAGGACCCGCAGGCCUCGGGGAAGCAAACCGUCAUCAGGGUCAAGGUGCCCCCGUUCUUCCCAGGCGGUGAGCCGGGCGAGGUGACGGUUGCCUUUGUUCCGCAACGGAAGGACUUGAAAGGCCUGCACGCCGCCGUGGGAAUCACGUACCGGCCGCCGCCGACGUGGCCGCGGUUCCCUCACCUCAUGACGCCCCCGAGGACGCCAGUCUCGCUACGGACCGCGGCCAGCGCCUCGACGCCCCAGCUCACGUUGGGGCUGGGGGGAUCUCACCACCAAAAGACAAAGAAUUCGUCCUCCUCCGCCUACCUCAGCCUGCCGACGCCGCCCGAGACACCACCCAGCAGCCGGUCCCUGCGCUCCGUCCGGUCCGCCGCGUCCAUCAGCCCAGACGUUCGCGACCGAGCCGUCUCGGUCAUCUUUUCGCCCCACGGGAUAUCCUAUAGCUGCCUGGAAAAGUACGCCAAGACGCACCUCAAGGCCGAGGCUGCGUUACCUCUGACGGCGCUGCUGCACUGCUUCGACACCGUGUCGAACCCGUGGUGGCUCGGCGGGAAUAUCUCGGCGGGCAUGCCGGCGGGCCAGGAGACUGCGGCUGCGCUGGGCGCCAGGGCGUGGGUUAGCACGCAUGACGGCGAUAAGGAUGUCAGGGGUUUGGUGACGAAGAUGUUGAGGACGAAGAAGUAUACCCAGAAGCAGGUUACUCAUCAUUCUUCUGGCGGAGGGAGGAAGCGCGGCGAUAAGCUGGAUCGCGAGAGGGCUAGUGACCAGGACAAGAGGGAGAAGGCCAAGGGGAGCAAGAGUACAGAGGUUUUGGUCCUUGGUGUCGGUGAGGAGGUCGCCAUGACGAGGGAGGGCGUUUGGAAUGUUGAACCUGGUACGAGGGUGCUCUCCUCCUCUUCUUCUUCUCCGCCGUCGUCUUCGUCGUCGUUCUCCAAGAGUCUACUUGGGAACGGAAAGGGGUUAAAGGGGCGGGCGAGGGGACGGGGCCUACCGCCGGUUGAUACCACGGCUAAAUAUGGGCCCCGCUGA